UCUGCUCAGCCCAGAGGAGCAGCAACACAGGGGGAAAAAAAAGAAGUUAAAAUCAACUCAGCAGACAGAGGAGGGAGGGAAAGAGAGAGAGAGGGGGGAAGAAAACGCCCUGGAAACUUUGCUUGAUCGAAAAGUUGGAGAAGUGAUAGAAUCUCGUCAGACAAAGUUGAGAAGCGCUCUUUUUGGGCUGGGGAGAAGGGGAAGGUCGACGCAACGUUUUCAAGGAUGCUCAAGCUUGUAUGAGGCUUCUCGGGCGCAGCACGUUGCGCACAGUUAAAAUGGAGUAGGAUCCCAAAGUGGGUGUGUACCUGCAGGCUCCACAUGAAUGCAGAGGACUGGAAUUGCGCACUUCACUUUUCCUUUAACUGCGCAACACCGUAAGUCAAGAAAACAAGAACCAACGCAUCAGACAGAAGCCCUUGGCCUUGCUUGAGCUGUCCAAGAAACACCAGGGGGUGACCUUCUUUCCCACUAGGACUUGAACGCACAAGAAACAAAACAAGAUGGCUGAAGAAGAGGAAACAAGGGAAGUGCUCUUUCCAGACUGGGAGGGUCCAGAUAAAACUGGCCUUACUAUUGAACAGACACGUGAAGGAGAGAUCUUUGUAAAAGAAGUGAAAGGAGAGUCACCAGCAGCACGAUCUGGGAAAGUAUAUGAAGGUGACCAGAUUGUGGGUGCAACAAUCUAUUUUGACAACAUGAGUUCAGAAGAAACAGCUGAGCUGCUGAAGACACUUAACCGUCACAAGGUUGGAUUGAAACUACAAAAUAAAGAUAAAUCCCCGUGCUGCUCUCCCCUGAGCACGCCGUGCCGUUCCCCAAUGGGUACCUUGACAUGGGAGGGGAAAUUGGGAAGCUCCAGUCCAGACAUCAUUCUCAGUGGGGAUGAUGAGGACUAUAAAAGGAUUUACACAAGGAAGAUCAAACCGAGGCUCAAGUCUGAAGACCUUGCAGAAGGAGUAGAUGUUCGCACGGAGCGGCAUAGCAGCACAAGUAGUGACGGCAGUACAAUUACGACUGUCACCCGCCGCAUCACCACCUACACUGUGGAUAUGCCGAGUGGCAUAAGUGAGCAACUCGAGCUUUCAAGCCCAGAUUUCAAGGGGCAUAGGCAAGAAUCAGGGGAUGGCUCUCCGGGAAUAAGAAUUUCACAUGGCAGCCCUUCAGGUAAAGUGGGAGAUGAAGGGGUUUUUGAGUUAAGCAAUGUUUCCAAGCUAAGGGAAAGUUCAAACACUGGUAGUAGGCAUGUUUCAAUGGGAGGCAUGGGAGGUAGUGAAGUAUUUACAACAGCUAAUGACAAUGGAGGGUCAAUUCGUGUGUCUGUACCUGAAAAAGGCAAACAGAUUUUUGUGACAUCCAGAGAUAAAACACAAGAUGUUGAGGGAACAAAGGUGAAGUUACCUGAAGUUACUGUAAGUCACGCCCAUGCAAAGGAAUCAGGCUCCAUUCAUAUCCCAAGCAUCUCACUGAGCAGAGGUUUUACAGAUGCUGAAAGUGAAUUGAAAGACCCUUCUGUAAAUACUACUGUCAGCAUUCAAACAAAAAAGUAUCAAGUUCAUGGUCCAGACAUCACUCUUCAGCAGAAAGAAGGGGAUCUCAAAAUGCCUCAGAUAAAUAUAACGUCCCUUGUAACAAAGGGUUCAAAUUUUGAUGCGAAAAAUCGUGAAGUUGACAUUAGUCAGAGAGAUCCACAAAUAAAAGGAAAGGUGAAUGUGUCAACUCCAAAGAUGGAUGGUACUGUAAAAAUGCCAGAUGUGGUAAUCCAGGGUCCAGAGAUAAACACUGACGGACUAAAAGGAGAAGGCACAAAAGUUUGGAAAGAUAUUCCCAAAUGUGAUAUCUCAGGCCCAAGCAUUACCAUGUCAAAUGUGGAAUUGAAUCUGAAAGGCCCCAAAGUCACAGGUGAUGUGUCAUUACAACGUACUGAACAAGAUAUAGCAGCACCGGAGAUGGAACCAAAAGACCCAAAAGUGGAGAUUAAGGAGAUAACGGGUGAGAGUGGCAUUGCAAAAAUAAAAAUGCCAAAAUUUCGAUUAAAAGGUCAGGAAGAGCAGGCCCCAAACAUUAACAUAAACCUGAGCAAGCCUGAUAGUGAUAUCAAGGUGCCUGAGUUUGACGUGAAAGGCCCAAAUUUCACAGCGCCAAAAAUUUCAGGUCCGCAUAUCUCCGCGACAGAUUUAAAUCUAAAAGGCCCUCGAGUUAAAGGUUACGGAAGCGUAUGUGUACAAAAGACAGAGGAAAACAUAAAAGUUCAUGGAAUUGAUAUCAAAGGCCCAAAAGAUGACAAUAAGAUUUUGCUGGGUGAUUCUGAAUUACCUAAGAUUAAAAUGGAAGAAUUUGGCUUUAAAGGUCGGAAACUGGAGGGUCCUGAUGAUGACAUCAACCGUCUCAAGGCUAAUGUUGAUGUCAAGGUCCCUGAGGUUGAUGUCAGUCCAACAAAAGUUGGUUUGGACAUUCAGGGCCCUGAUUUGUCUCUACCAACUAUUGAAGGAGUUCACUUUGAUAAUACCAGUGGUAAGAUCAAGGGACCAGAAUUGAAAAUGCCAAAAAUCACAGCACCAGACCUCUCAAUGCCUGAGAUGGGUUUGAAUCUGAAAGGCAGUAAACUCAAAGGUAAUGUGGAUAUGUCUGUACCAAUUAUUGAGGGAGAUAUUAAAGCACCGGAAAUGCAUAUUAAAGGCCCAAAAGUUGACAUCAUGGGCUCUAAGAUUGGAAUUGAAUUGCCAAAAAUAAAAAUGCCUGAAUUUGGCUUGAAAGGUUCAAAACUGGAGGGUCCUGACAUUGACAUCAACUGUCCCAAGGCUAAUAUUGACAUCAAGGUCCCUGGCGUUGAUGUUGGUAUCCCCAAAACUGAUUUAGACAUCAAGGGUCCAGAUUUAGAUGUUGAAGGACCAAAUGCUGAAAUUGCAGGUUGGAAGAUCAAGGGACCCAAAAUGAAUAUACCAAAAGUCUCAGGACCAAACAUCUCCAUGCCAGGUAUAGAUUGCCCUAAACUCAAAGGCGAUGUAGAUGUGUCAUUACCAAAUAUUGCUGGAGAUACUGACGCACUGGAAAUGAAUGUCAAAGGGCCAAAAGUUGAAAUUAAGGGCCCCAAAUCUGGAUUUGAAAUGCCAAAAAUUAAAAUGACAGAAUUUGGCUAUAAAGGUCCAAACCUAGAGGGUCCUGACAUUGACAUAAACCUUCCCGAGGCUUAUAUUGAUGUCAAGGUCCCUAAAGUUGAUGUCAGUCUCCCCAAAACUGAUGUAGACAUCAAGGGUCCCAAUGUAGAUGUUGAAAUACCAGAUGUUGACAUCGACAGUCCAGAUUGGAAGAUCAAGGGACCAAAACGGAAGAUGCCAAAAAUUUCAGGUCCAAAGAUCAACAUGCCGAAUGUGGAUUUCAACCAAAAAAGUCAGAAAGUCAAAGGUGAUGUGAAUGUGUCACUACCAAAUACUGAGGGGCACAUUGAAGCACCAGAAAUGAAUAUUAAAGGGCCAAACGUUGAUAGUAAGGGCCCUGACACUGGAUUUGAAAUGCCCAAAAUCAAAAUUGCUGAAUUUGGCGAUAAAGGUCCAAAACUAGAGUGUCCUGAUGUUGGCAUCAGCUUUCCCAAGGCCAAAAUUGAUGUCAAGGUCCCUGAAGUUGAUGUCAGUCUCCCCAAAACUGAUGGAGACAUCAAGGGUCCAGAUUUCGACAUUAAGUUACCAGAUGUUGACGUUGACAGUUCAGGUUGGAAAACCAAGGGACCUACACUGAAGAUGCCAAAAUUCUCUGGUCCAAAUGUCAGUUUGCCAAAUCUGGAUUUCCAUCUGAAAGGCCCAAAUCUUAAAGGCGAAGUUGAUGUGUCAGUUCCCAAUAUCGAGGGGGAUAUUAAAGCACCGGAAACGGACAUUAAAGGCCCAAAACUUGACAUAAAGGGUCCUAAAACCGGAUUUGAAAUGCCAAAAAUCAAAAUGCCAGGAUUUGGCUCUAAAGGUCCCAAACUGGAGGGUCCUGAUGCUGAGAUCAACCUUCCCAAGGCUAAUAUUGACAUCAAAGUCCCUGAGGUGGACCUUAAAGGCCCGGAAGUUGAUAUAAAUCUCCCAAAACCUGUUGUGGAUAUUAAAGGUCUUGACAUGGACAUUGAAGGACCAGAUCUUGACAUUGACAGUACUAGUGGAAAGAUCAAGGUACCAAAAUUCAAGAUGCCAAAAAUCUCAGGGCCAGGCAUCUCCAUGCCUGAUGUGGAUUUCAACCUGAAAGGCCCUCAUCACAAAGGCGAUGUUGACGUGUCAGUACCAAAUAUCGAGGGAGUUAUUAAAGCACCGGAAAUGGACAUCAAAGGCCCAAAACUUGACAUAAAGGGCCCUAAGACUGGAUUUGAAAUGCCCAAAAUCAAAAUGCCAGGAUUUAGCUUUAAAGGUCCCAAACUGGAGGGUCCUGAUGCUGAAAUCAACCUUCCCAAGGCUAAUAUUGACGUCAAAGUCCCUGAGGUUGCCCUUAAAGCCCCAAAAGUUGAUAUAAAUCUCCCAAAACCUGAUGUGGAUAUUAAAGGUCUUAACAUGGACAUUGAAGGACCAGAUCUUGACAUUGAAAGUCCCGGUGGAAAGAUCAAGGGACCAAAAUUCAAGAUGCCAAAAAUCUCAGGGCCAACCAUCUCCAUGCCUCAUGUGGAUUUUAACCUGAAAGGCCCUAAUCUCAAAGGCGAUGUUGAUGUGUCAGUACCAAAUAUCGAGGGAGAUAUUAAAGGACCAGAAAUGGACAUCAAAGGCCCAAAACUAGACAUAAAGGGCACUAAGACUGGAUUUGAAAUGCCCAAAAUCAAAAUGCCAGGAUUUGGCUUUAAAGGUCCCAAACUGGAGGGUCCUGAUGCUGAGAUCAACCUUCCCAAGGCUAAUAUUGACGUCAAAGUCCCUGAGGUUGCCCUUAAAGGCCCAAAAGUUGAUAUAAAUCUCCCAAAACCUGAUGUGGAUAUUGAAGGUCUUAAUAUGGACAUUGAAGGACCAGAUCUUGACAUUGACAGUACUAGUGGAAAGAUCAAGGUACCAAAAUUCAAGAUGCCAAAAAUCUCAGGGCCAGGCAUCUCCAUGCCUGAUGUGGAUUUCAACCUGAAAGGCCCUAAUCUCAAAGGCGAUGUUGAUGUGUCAGUACCGAAUAUCGAGGGAGAUAUUAAAGGACCGGAAAUGGACAUCAAAGGCCCAAAACUUGAUAUAAAGGGCCCUAAAACUGGAUUUGAAAUGCCCAAAAUCAAAAUGCCAGGAUUUAGCUUUAAAGGUCCCAAACUGGAGGGUCCUGAUGCUGAAAUCAACCUUCCCAAGGCUAAUAUUGACGUCAAAGUCCCUGAGGUUGCCCUUAAAGGCCCAAAAGUUGAUAUAAAUCUCUCAAAACCUGAUGUGGAUAUUGAAGGUCUUAAUAUGGACAUUGAAGGACCAGAUCUUGACAUUGACAGUACUAGUGGAAAGAUCAAGGUACCAAAAUUCAAGAUGCCAAAAAUCUCAGGGCCAGGCAUCUCCAUGCCUGAUGUGGAUUACAACCUGAAAGGCCCUAAUCUCAAAGGCGAUGUUGAUGUGUCAGUACCAAAUAUCGAGGGAGAUAUUAAAGGACCGGAAAUGGACAUCAAAGGCCCAAAACUUGAUAUAAAGGGCCCUAAAACUGGAUUUGAAAUGCCCAAAAUCAAAAUGCCAGGAUUUAGCUUUAAAGGUCCCAAACUGGAGGGUCCUGAUGCUGAAAUCAACCUUCCCAAGGCUAAUAUUGACGUCAAAGUCCCUGAGGUUGCCCUUAAAGGCCCAAAAGUUGAUAUAAAUCUCCCAAAACCUGAUGUGGAUAUUAAAGGUCUUAACAUGGACAUUGAAGGACCAGAUCUUGACAUUGAAAGUCCCGGUGGAAAGAUCAAGGGACCAAAAUUCAAGAUGCCAAAAAUCUCAGGGCCAACCAUCUCCAUGCCUCAUGUGGAUUUCAACCUGAAAGGCCCUGAUCUCAAAGGCGAUGUUGAUGUGUCAGUACCAAAUAUCGAGGGAGAUAUUAAAGGACCAGAUAUGGACAUCAAAGGCCCAAAACUAGACAUAAAGGGCACUAAGACUGGAUUUGAAAUGCCCAAAAUCAAAAUGCCAGGAUUUGGCUUUAAAGGUCCCAAACUGGAGGGUCCUGAUGCUGAGAUCAACCUUCCCAAGGCUAAUAUUGACAUCAAAGUCCCUGAGGUUGACCUUAAAGGCCCAAAGGUUGAUAUAAAUCUCCCAAAACCUGAUGUGGAUAUUCAAGGUCUUAACAUGGACAUUGAAGGACCAGAUCUUGACAUUGAAAGUCCCGGUGGAAAGAUCAAGGGACCAAAAUUCAAGAUGCCAAAAAUCUCAGGGCCAGGCAUCUCCAUGCCUGAUGUGGAUUUCAACCUGAAAGGCCCUAAUCUCAAAGGCGAUGUUGAUGUGUCAGUACCAAAUAUCGAGGGAGAUAUUAAAGGACCGGAAAUGGACAUCAAAGGCCCAAAACUUGAUAUAAAGGGCCCUAAAACUGGAUUUGAAAUGCCCAAAAUCAAAAUGCCAGGAUUUGGCUUUAAAGGUCCCAAACUAGAGGGUCCUGAUGCUGAGAUCAACCUUCCCAAGGGUAAUAUUGACAUCAAAGUCCCUGAGGUUGACCUUAAAGGCCCAAAGGUUGAUAUAAAUCUCCCAAAACCUGAUGUGGAUAUUAAAGGUCUUAACAUGGACAUUGAAGGACCAGAUCUUGACAUUGAAAGUCCCGGUGGAAAGAUCAAGGGACCAAAAUUCAAGAUGCCAAAAAUCUCAGGGCCAACCAUCUCCAUGCCUCAUGUGGAUUUCAACCUGAAAGGCCCUAAUCUCAAAGGCGAUGUUGAUGUGUCAGUACCAAAUAUCGAGGGAGAUAUUAAAGGACCGGAAAUGGACAUCAAAGGCCCAAAACUUGAUAUAAAGGGCCCUAAAACUGGAUUUGAAAUGCCCAAAAUAAAAAUGCCAGGAUUUAGCUUUAAAGGUCCCAAACUGGAGGGUCCUGAUGCUGAGAUCAACCUUCCCAAGGCUAAUAUUGACAUCAAAGUCCCUGAGGUUGACCUUAAAGGCCCAAAGGUUGAUAUAAAUCUCCCAAAACCUGAUGUGGAUAUUAAAGGUCUUAACAUGGACAUUAAAGGACCAGAUCUUGACAUUGAAAGUCCCGGUGGAAAGAUCAAGGGACCAAAAUUCAAGAUGCCAAAAAUCUCAGGGCCAACCAUCUCCAUGCCUCAUGUGGAUUUCAACCUGAAAGGCCCUAAUCUCAAAGGCGAUGUUGAUGUGUCAGUACCAAAUAUCGAGGGAGAUAUUAAAGGACCGGAAAUGGACAUCAAAGGCCCAAAACUUGAUAUAAAGGGCCCUAAAACUGGAUUUGAAAUGCCCAAAAUCAAAAUGCCAGGAUUUAGCUUUAAAGGUCCCAAACUGGAGGGUCCUGAUGCUGAAAUCAACCUUCCCAAGGCUAAUAUUGACGUCAAAGUCCCUGAGGUUGCCCUUAAAGGCCCAAAAGUUGAUAUAAAUCUCCCAAAACCUGAUGUGGAUAUUGAAGGUCUUAAUAUGGACAUUGAAGGACCAGAUCUUGACAUUGACAGUACUAGUGGAAAGAUCAAAGUACCAAAAUUCAAGAUGCCAAAAAUCUCAGGGCCAGGCAUCUCCAUGCCUGAUGUGGAUUUCAACCUGAAAGGCCCUAAUCUCAAAGGCGAUGUUGAUGUGUCAGUACCAAAUAUCGAGGGAGAUAUUAAAGGACCGGAAAUGGACAUCAAAGGCCCAAAACUUGAUAUAAAGGGUCCUAAAACUGGAUUUGAAAUGCCCAAAAUCAAAAUGCCAGGAUUUGGCUUUAAAGGUCCCAAACUGGAGGGUCCUGAUGCUGAGAUCAACCUUCCCAAGGCUAAUAUUGACGUCAAAGUCCCUGAGGUUGACCUUAAAGGCCCAAAGGUUGAUAUAAAUCUCCCAAAACCUGAUGUGGAUAUUAAAGGUCUUAACAUGGACAUUGAAGGACCAGAUCUUGACAUUGAAAGUCCCGGUGGAAAGAUCAAGGGACCAAAAUUCAAGAUGCCAAAAAUCUCAGGGCCAACCAUCUCCAUGCCUCAUGUGGAUUUUAACCUGAAAGGCCCUAAUCUCAAAGGCGAUGUUGAUGUGUCAGUACCAAAUAUCGAGGGAGAUAUUAAAGGACCAGAUAUGGACAUCAAAGGCCCAAAACUAGACAUAAAGGGCACUAAGACUGGAUUUGAAAUGCCCAAAAUCAAAAUGCCAGGAUUUGGCUUUAAAGGUCCCAAACUGGAGGGUCCUGAUGCUGAGAUCAACCUUCCCAAGGCUAAUAUUGACAUCAAAGUCCCUGAGGUUGACCUUAAAGGCCCAAAGGUUGAUAUAAAUCUCCCAAAACCUGAUGUGGAUAUUAAAGGUCUUAACAUGGACAUUGAAGGACCAGAUCUUGACAUUGAAAGUCCCGGUGGAAAGAUCAAGGGACCAAAAUUCAAGAUGCCAAAAAUCUCAGGGCCAACCAUCUCCAUGCCUCAUGUGGAUUUCAACCUGAAAGGCCCUAAUCUCAAAGGCGAUGUUGAUGUGUCAGUACCAAAUAUCGAGGGAGAUAUUAAAGGACCAGAAAUGGACAUCAAAGGCCCAAAACUAGACAUAAAGGGCACUAAGACUGGAUUUGAAAUGCCCAAAAUCAAAAUGCCAGGAUUUGGCUUUAAAGGUCCCAAACUGGAGGGCCCUGAUGCUGAGAUCAACCUUCCCAAGGCUAAUAUUGACGUCAAAGUCCCUGAGGUUGACCUUAAAGGCCCAAAGGUUGAUAUAAAUCUCCCAAAACCUGAUGUGGAUAUUAAAGGUCUUAAUAUGGACAUUGAAGGACCAGAUCUUGACAUUGACAGUACUAGUGGAAAGAUCAAGGUACCAAAAUUCAAGAUGCCAAAAAUCUCAGGGCCAGGCAUCUCCAUGCCUGAUGUGGAUUUCAACCUGAAAGGCCCUAAUCUCAAAGGCGAUGUUGAUGUGUCAGUACCAAAUAUCGAGGGAGUUAUUAAAGCACCGGAAAUGGACAUCAAAGGCCCAAAACUAGACAUAAAGGGCACUAAGACUGGAUUUGAAAUGCCCAAAAUCAAAAUGCCAGGAUUUGGCUUUAAAGGUCCCAAACUGGAGGGUCCUGAUGCUGAGAUCAACCUUCCCAAGGCUAAUAUUGACGUCAAAGUCCCUGAGGUUGACCUUAAAGGCCCAAAGGUUGAUAUAAAUCUCCCAAAACCUGAUGUGGAUAUUAAAGGUCUUAAUAUGGACAUUGAAGGACCAGAUCUUGACAUUGACAGUACUAGUGGAAAGAUCAAGGUACCAAAAUUCAAGAUGCCAAAAAUCUCAGGGCCAGGCAUCUCCAUGCCUGAUGUUGAUUUCAACCUGAAAGGCCCUAAUCUCAAAGGCGAUGUUGAUGUGUCAGUACCAAAUAUCGAGGGAGUUAUUAAAGCACCGGAAAUGGACAUCAAAGGCCCAAAACUUGACAUAAAGGGCCCUAAGACUGGAUUUGAAAUGCCCAAAAUCAAAAUGCCAGGAUUUGGCUUUAAAGGUCCGAAACUGGAGGGUCCUGAUGCUGAAAUCAACCUUCCCAAGGCUAAUAUUGACGUCAAAGUCCCUGAGGUUGCCCUUAAAGGCCCAAAAGUUGAUAUAAAUCUCCCAAAACCUGAUGUGGAUAUUCAAGGUCUUAACAUGGACAUUGAAGGACCAGAUCUUGACAUUGAAAGUCCCGGUGGAAAGAUCAAGGGACCAAAAUUCAAGAUGCCAAAAAUCUCAGGGCCAGGCAUCUCCAUGCCUGAUGUGGAUUUCAACCUGAAAGGCCCUAAUCUCAAAGGCGAUGUUGAUGUGUCACUACCAAAUAUCGAGGGAGAUAUUAAAGGACCAGAAAUGGACAUCAAAGGCCCAAAACUAGACAUAAAGGGCACUAAGACUGGAUUUGAAAUGCCCAAAAUCAAAAUGCCAGGAUUUGGCUUUAAAGGUCCCAAACUGGAGGGUCCUGAUGCUGAGAUCAACCUUCCCAAGGCUAAUAUUGACAUCAAAGUCCCUGAGGUUGACCUUAAAGGCCCGGAAAUUGAUAUAAAUCUCCCAAAACCUGUUGUGGAUAUUAAAGGUCUUGACAUGGACAUUGAAGGACCAGAUCUUGACAUUGACAGAACUAGUGGAAAGAUCAAGGUACCAAAAUUCAAGAUGCCAAAAAUCUCAGGGCCAGGCAUCUCCAUGCCUGAUGUGGAUUUCAACCUGAAAGGCCCUAAUCUCAAAGGCGAUGUUGAUGUGUCAGUACCAAAUAUCGAGGGAGUUAUUAAAGCGCCGGAAAUGGACAUCAAAGGCCCAAAACUUGACAUAAAGGGCACUAAGACUGGAUUCGAAAUGCCCAAAAUCAAAAUGCCAGGAUUUGGCUUUAAAGGUCCCAAACUGGAGUGUCCUGAUGCUGAGAUCAACCUUCCCAAGGCUAAUAUUGACGUCAAAGUCCCUGAGGUUGCCCUUAAAGGCCCAGAAGUUGAUGUAAAUCUCCCAAAACCUGUUGUGGAUAUUAAAGGUCUUGACAUGGUCAUUGAAGGACCAGAUCUUGACAUUGAAAGUCCCGGUGGAAAGAUCAAGGGACCAAAAUUCAAGAUGCCAAAAAUCUCAGGGCCAACCAUCUCCAUGCCUCAUGUGGAUUUUAACCUGAAAGGCCCUAAUCUCAAAGGCGAUGUUGAUGUGUCAGUACCAAAUAUCGAGGGAGAUAUUAAAGGACCAGAAAUGGACAUCAAAGGCCCAAAACUAGACAUAAAGGGCACUAAGACUGGAUUUGAAAUGCCCAAAAUCAAAAUGCCAGGAUUUGGCUUUAAAGGUCCCAAACUAGAGGGUCCUGAUGCUGAGAUCAACCUUCCCAAGGCUAAUAUUGACGUUAAAGUCCCUGAGGUUGACCUUAAAGGCCCAAAGGUUGAUAUAAAUCUCCCAAAACCUGAUGUGGAUAUUAAAGGUCUCAAGUUGGACAUUGAAGGACCAGAUCUUGACGUUGAAAGUCCCAGUGGAAAGAUCAAGGGACCAAAAUUCAAGAUGCCAAAAAUCUCAGGGCCAACCAUCUCCAUGCCUGAUGUGGAUUUCCACAUGAAAGGCCCUAAUCUCAAAGGCGAUUUUGAUGUGUCAGUCCCAAAUAUCGAGGGUGAUAUUACAGCACCGGAAAUCGACAUCAAAGGCCCAAAACUUGACAUAAAGGGCCCUAAGACUGGAUUUGAAAUGCCCAAAAUCAAAAUGCCAGGAUUUGGCUUUAAAGGUCCCAAACUGGAGGGUCCUGAUGCUGAAAUCAACCUUCCCAAGGCUAAUAUUGACGUCAAAAUCCCUGAGGUUGCCCUUAAAGGCCCAAAAGUUGAUAUAAAUCUCCCAAAACCUGAUGUGGAUAUUAAAGGUCUUAACAUGGACAUUGAAGGACCAGAUCUUGACAUUGAAAGUCCCGGUGGAAAGAUCAAGGGACCAAAAUUCAAGAUGCCAAAAAUCUCAGGGCCAACCAUCUCCAUGCCUGAUGUGGAUUUCCACAUGAAAGGCCCUAAUCUCAAAGGCGAUUUUGAUGUGUCAGUCCCAAAUAUCGAGGGUGAUAUUACAGCACCGGAAAUCGACAUCAAAGGCCCAAAACUUGACAUAAAGGGCCCUAAGACUGGAUUUGAAAUGCCCAAAAUCAAAAUGCCAGGAUUUGGCUUUAAAGGUCCCAAACUGGAGGGUCCUGAUGCUGAAAUCAACCUUCCCAAGGCUAAUAUUGACGUCAAAAUCCCUGAGGUUGCCCUUAAAGGCCCAAAAGUUGAUAUAAAUCUCCCAAAACCUGAUGUGGAUAUUAAAGGUCUUAACAUGGACAUUGAAGGACCAGAUCUUGACAUUGAAAGUCCCGGUGGAAAGAUCAAGGGACCAAAAUUCAAGUUGCCAAAGAUCUCAGGGCCAGGCAUCUCCAUGCCUGAUGUGGAUUUCAACCUGAAAAGGCCUAAUCUCAAAGGCGAUGUUGAUGUGUCAGUACCCAAUAUUGGGGGAGACAUAAAUGCACCAGAAAUAGAUAUGAAAGGUCCAAAAGUUGACGUUAAAGGUCCUUCAAUUGGUUUUGGUUUUCCUAAAUUCAAAAAGCCAGAAUUUGGAUUCAAAGGUCCAAAAAUGGAGGGUGCAGAUGUUGACAUAAACCUCCCUUCGGCUAAUAUUGGCGUCAAAGUUCCUAACGUUGACAUUCAUGGGCCGAAGGCGGAUGUCAGUCUCCCUAAAACUGAAUUGGAGAUUAAGGGCUCUAAUUUGGGCCUUGAAGGACCAGAUGUUGACAUUCAGAGUCCCAGUGGGAAGCUCAAGGGACCAAAAUUCAAGAUUCCAAAACUCUCAGGACCAAAUAUUUCACUGCCAGAUGUUGAUUUCCAUCUGAAAGGCCCCAAAUUAAAGGGGGAUCUGGAUCUGACAACACCAAAUGCUGAAGGAGCUAUAAAAGCACCGGAAAUUGAUAUAAAAGGUCCAAACGUUGACAUCAAGGGACCUAAGAGUGGAUUUGAAUUGCCAAAAUUAAAAAUGCCAGACUUUGUCUUCAAAGGUCUAAAACUGGAGGGCCACGAUGUUGACAUAAACCUUCCCAAGGCUCACAUUGAUGUGAAUGUCCCUGAGGUUGACAUGAAAGCCCCAGAAGUUAUUAGUCUUCCUAAUGCUGAUUUGGACAUUAAGAGCCCCAACUUGGACAUUGAAGGACCAGAUUUUGAUGUUCAGAGUCCCAGUGGGAAGAUCAAAGGACCAAAAUUCAAAAUGCCAAAGCUCUCAGGACCCAAAAUUUCAUUCCCAGAUGUUGAUUUCAAUCUGAAAAGCCCGAAAUUUAAGGGGGAUGUUAAUAUGUCAACUUCAAAUAUUGAGGGAGAUAUAAAAGCACCAGAAAUUGAUAUAAAAAAUACAAAUGUUGACAUAAAGGGGCCUAAGAUUGGAUUUGAAUUGCCAAAAUUCAAAAUGCCCCAAUUUGGUGUCAAAGGUCCAAACCUGGAGGGCCCUAAUCUUGAUGUCAGUCUCCCCAACUCUGAUUUGGACAUUGAGGGCCCUCAAUUAGACAUAGAAGGACCAGAUGUUGACAUUGACAGUCCAAGUUGGAAAAUCAAAGGACCUCAACUGAAAAUGCCACAAAUCUCAGGACCAAACAUCACUAUGCCAAAACUAGAUAUAAAUUUGAAAGGACCUAAUCUCAAAGGCGAUGUUGACGUGUCAGUACCAAAUAUCAAAGGAGAUAUUAAAAUGCCGGAAAUUGACAUCAAAGGCCCAAAGGGCCCUAAAAUGGGAUUUGAAAUGCCAAAAAUCAAAAUGCCAGAAUUUGGCUUUAAAGGUCCAAAAGUAGAGGGUGCUGACAUUGGCAUCAAUCUUCCCAAGGCCAAUAUAGAUGUAAACGUCCCUGAAAUUGAUGUCACUCUCCCCAAAACUGAUGUAGACAUCAAGGGUCCAGAUUUUGACAUUGAAGUACCAGAUGUUGACAUUGACAGUUCAAAUUGGAAGAUCAAGGGGCCUAAACUGAAGAUGCCACAAAUCUCAGGACCAAACAUAACUAUGCCAAAUCUGGAUCUUCAUCUGAAAGGUCCUAAACUUAAAGGUGAUGUUGAUGUGUCAGUUCCAAAUAUCGAAGGCGAUAUUAAAGCACCAGAAUUGGACAUCAAAGGCCCAAAUGUUGACAUUGAGGGCCCUAAAACUGGAUUUGAACUGCCAAAAAUCAAAAUGCCAGAAUUUGGCUUUAAAGGUAAAAAGCUGGGGGGUCCUGAUGUUGACAUCAACAUUCCCAAGGCUAAUAUUGACGUAAAAGUCCCGAGUCUUGAUGUUAGCCUUCCCAAAUCUGAGUUGGACAUUGAGGGCCCUAAAUUAGACAUUGUUGGACCAGAUGUUGACAUUGACAGUCCCAGUUGGAAGCUCAAGGGACCUAACCUGAAGAUGCCAAAAAUCUCUGGACCAAGCAUCACCAUGCCAAAUCUGGAUUUUAAACUGAAAGGCCCGAAACUCAAAGGCGAUGUGGAUGUGGGACUACCACAUUCUGAAGGAGAUAUAAAAUUACCAGAAACGGUAAUCAAAGGCCCAAAUGUUGACAUUGAGGGCCCUAAAACUGGAUUUGAACUGCCAAAAAUCAAAAUGCCAGAAUUUGGCUUUAAAGGUAAAAAGCUGGGGGGUCCUGAUGUUGACAUCAACAUUCCCAAGGCUAAUAUUGACGUAAAAGUCCCGAGUCUUGAUGUUAGCCUUCCCAAAUCUGAGUUGGACAUUGAGGGCCCUAAAUUAGACAUUGUUGGACCAGAUGUUGACAUUGACAGUCCCAGUUGGAAGCUCAAGGGACCUAACCUGAAGAUGCCAAAAAUCUCUGGACCAAGCAUCACCAUGCCAAAUCUGGAUUUUAAACUGAAAGGCCCGAAACUCAAAGGCGAUGUGGAUGUGGGACUACCACAUUCUGAAGGAGAUAUAAAAUUACCAGAAACGGUAAUCAAAGGCCCAAAAGUUGACAUUAAGGGACCUGAAUUUGAAUUGCCUAAAAUUAAAAUGCCAGAAUUUGGUUUCAAAGGCCCAAAGUUUGAAAGUGAUGUCCAGGUUCCUGGGAUUGACAUUCAAGGGCCAGAUAUUGAUGUCAGUCUUCCCAAAACUGACUUGGACAUUAAAGGGCCAAAUUUGGAUAUCGAAGGCCCAGAUGUUGACAUUGAUAGCCCCAGUGCAAAGAUCAAAGGACCUAAAUUCAAGAUGCCAAAAAUCUCUGGACCAAAUUUCACCAUGCCAAGUCUGGAUUUAAAUUUGAAAGGCCCUAAUCUUAAAAGUGAUGUAGAUAUGUCUGUACCAAAAAUUGAGGGAGAUGUAAAUCCACCAGAAGUCGAAAUUAAAGGUUGCAAAGUUGACAUUCAAGGGCCCAAGAGUGGAUUUGAAUUACCAAAAUUUAAAAUUCCAGAAUUUGGCCACAAAAGUCCCAGUGUAGAGAGACCUGAAUUUGACAUAAAUCUCCCAAAAAUUAAGGGUGAUAUUGAAGGAAACAUUAAAUUGCCAAAAGCUGAACUUGAUGUGGAAGAUGUAACUGUUGAUGUUCCAGGAUUCAGCACUACGAAAACUAAAUUCAAAAUGCCUAAGUUUGGUUUCCGGGGUCCAAAGAUAAAGAACCCAGAAAUUGAUCUGAAACAAACGCAAGGAGAUAUCAACAUCAAAGGGAAGACUGGUAGUAUUGAAGGACUGGAUGUCGACAUGGAUGUAACAGGCCCCAAAAUAAAAGGAUCCAAAUUUAAGAUGCCCAAAUUUGGUUUCAAAAUUCCUAAGGUUGACCUUCCAGGAGCGGAUCUUAAUGUAUCUAAGGGCAGUGGAGAAAUGCAAAUUCCUAAUGUUGACAUUCAAGGCCCAGAAUUAAAAAGUGGGGAUCCCAAUGUAAAAAUAAAAGGAACAAAGCUCAAAAUGCCAUCUUUUAUGGGAACAAAAUUUUCUUUUCCUGAUGUUGAUUUCAAUCUUGAAAGUCCUAAAGUCAAAGUUGACACAGACGUGUCAUUUCCGAAAGCUGACAUCGAUGUAAAAGUACCGAGUGUUGAUGUGAAAGGUCCAGAAUUGCAGGGGCCAAACAUUGACGUCAACCUUCCCAAAGGUGAUAUUGAUGUCAAGGUCCCUGAGUUUGAUAUUGAUGGGUCAAAUGUUGAUCUGAGUCUCCCCAAAGCUAAUGUGGCGAUUAGGGGACCCAAAGUAGAUACCGAAGUACCAGAUGUUGAUAUUGACAGUCCCAGUUGGAAGAUCAAGGGACCAAAUUUCAAGAUGCCAAAAAUGUCUGGACCAAACAUAACUAUGCCAAAUCUCGAUUUGCAUCUGAAAGGCCCUAAACUCAAAGGCGAUGUAGAUGUGGGACUACCACAUGUUGAAGGCGACAUAAAAGUACCAGAAAUGGAAUUCAAAGGUCCUGAAGUUAACAUUAAGGGGUCCAAGAGUGGAUUUGAAUUACCAAAAAUGAAAAUGCCAGACUUUGGCUUCAAAGGUCCAAAACUGGAGGGUCCAGAUGUUGACAUAAACAUGCCCAAGGCUAAUAUUGAUGUGCCUGAGGUUGAAUUUACAGACCCAAAAGUUGAUGUAAGUGUACCUGCAACUGAUUUGGACAUUGACUGUCCCAGUGGUAAGAUCAAGGGACCAAAAUUCAAGAUCCCAAAACUCUCAGGACCCAACAUUUCGUUGCCUCAUAUGGAUUUCCACCUUACAGGCCCUAAACUCAAAGGUGAUGUUGAUAUGUCAGUACCAAAUAUAGAGGGAGCUAUUAAGACACCAGAAAUUGAUAUCAAAGGCCCCAAAGUUGGCAUUCAGGGCCCCAAGACUGGAUUUGAAAUGCCAAAAAUCAAAAUGCCAGAUGUUGGCUUAAAAGGUCCCAAACUGAAGGGCCCUGACAUUGACAUGAACCUUCCCAAGGCCAAUAUUGAAGUUCCAGACGUUGAACUCCAAGGGCCAGAAGUUGAUAUAAAUCUCCCAAAAACUGAAUUUGAAAUUAGGGGCCAGAAAUUGGACAUUGAAGCACCAGAUGUUAACUUUGAAAGUCCCAGUGGGAAUAUCAAGGGACUAAAAUUCAAGAUGCCAAAAAUCUGUGCACCUAACAUCGCCAUGCCUGAUUUCAAUCUGAAAGGUCCCACUGUCAAAGGUGACGUCGAUUUGUCAGUACCUCAUUUUGAGGGCGACAUAAAAGCUCCAAGCACUGACAUUCAGGGCUCUAUGGGUGGAAUUGAAUUUCCUAAAUUAAAAAUGCCACAAUUUGGCUUCAAAGGUCAACAACUGGAGGGCCCUGACGUUGACAUCAGCAUUCCCAAAGCUAAUAUUGAUUUCAAGGUACCCGACAUUGACAUGCAAGUCCCUAAAGUUGAUGCCAGUGUCCCCAAAGCUGAUUUCGACAUUAAGUGCCCAAAAUUCAACACCGAAGGACCAGCCCUUGACAUUGAGAGUCACAGUGGUAGGAUAAAGGGACCAAAAUUCAACAUGCCAAAAAUAUCAGCCCCAAACGUCUCCAUGCCUGAUGUUGAUUUGCACAUGGCGGGGCCUAAACUUGAAGGUGAUGUUGAUGUGUCACUAUCAAAUAUUGAGGGAGAUAUUAAAGCACCAGAAAUUGAUAUCAAAAGCUCUAAAGUUGACAUUAAAGGCCCAAAGCCGAGAUUUGAAAUGCCAAAAAUUAAAAUGCCAGACUUUGGCUUUAAAGGUCCUAAACUAGAGGGUCCUAAUGUGGACAUCAACCUUCCCAGGGCCAAUAUUGAUGUCAGAAUCCCUGAGGUUGAACUCCAAGGGCCAGAAUUUGAUGUUAAUCUCCCCAAAGAUGAUUUGGACAUUAAGGGUCCAAAAUUGGAAUUUGAAGCACCAGAUGUUAACAUUGACAGUCCCACUGGGAAGAUCAAGGGACCAAAAUUCAAGAUUCCAAAAAUCUCUGGACGGAACAUCGCCAUGCCUGAUUUCAAUCUGAAAGGUCCCAAUGUCAAAGGUAAUGUAGAUUUGUCAGUACCUAAUCUUGAGGGAGAGAUAACAGCCCCAGAAAUGGAUUUCAAAGGUUCAAAUUGUGACAUUAAGGGUUCUAUGGGUGGAUUUGAAAUUCCUAAAUUGAAAAUGCCGCAAUUUGGCUUCCAAGGCCCAGACAUUGACGUCAACAUUCCCAAAGCAAAUUUUGAUGCGAAGGUCCCAGGGGUUGGCGUUCAAGGUCCAGAAGUUGAUGUUAGUCUCCCAAAAGCUGACAUUAAAGGCCCAAAAUUCAACAUUGAAGGACCAGAUGUUGACAUUCACAGUCCCAGUGGUCAGAUCAAUGUACCGAAAAUAAAGAUGCCAAAAAUCACAGGACCAAACAUCUCCAUGCCAAAUGUUGAUUUAAAUUUGAAAAAUCCUGACCUCAAAGGUAGCAUAGAUAGGUCAGCACCAAAUUUUGAUUGGGAAAUCAAAGCACCAGAAUUGGAUAUCAAAGGUCCAAACGUUAAGGGUUCAACAGGUGCAUUUGAAAGUUCAAACAUGAAAGGAGAUUUAUCAUAUCCUGAUAUCGAUGUCAGCAUAAAGGGAAAGAGGGGAAAAUUUAAACUCCCUAAAGUGACAGGAAAGGGAAAGAAACCGGAUUUCGAAACAGAAACACCGACAAUUGAUGUGACAGCAGGAACAUCUAAUAUUAACGUCCAAAGAACAAAAGUGAAAAAGCCUAUUUUUGGUAAACUUCAUUUUCCUGAUGUAGAACUUGAUAUCAAAUCCCCAAAAGUCAAAGGUGACGGAUCUUUAUCUGAGGAGUUGAAAUCCCCCACCGUCGAGUUACAGGGCUCUGUUACCAGUGGUCCAAAUAUUAGUUACGAAGGCUCAGACGUGAGAUUAAAGACUCCCCAGAUGAAAAUGCCAAAGAUUGACAUUUCUCCUGCAGGUGGCACAUUUAGAGGCCUUCAAUAUCCCGAAGGUACUGUAACAUUUCCUAAGCUCAAAGUACCAAAGUUUGGUUUUAGUCUGCCCCAGUUUGAGGGCCAAAAGGGUGUUGGAAAGGUUGCAACCAAUAUUGCAGCUAGUGGAGAGCUUCACUGCUCACAGGAUAUUACAGUUUCCAGUCCAGAAAUAAGGCAAAGUGAAGGAAAAAUGAAGGUGAAGAUACCAAAUUUUUUUGGCAAAUCGAAAGCAAAGGGCAGGAGUGCAGGGGACCUUCGGGGAACAGAGGUAGAACUGAGUACUAGUGAAAAAGGAGACGUCUCAAAAGGUUUCAGUGUACAUAGUGGAGAGGGAAAAUUACAAUUUGAGGGUGAUGCUGGACUGAGUGUUUCACCCAAAAGCAAGUCAGCGUCACUGGAUCUUUUCAAGAAGUCAAGACAUCGAUCUUCCUCUCUGAGUGAUGAGGGUGGACUUGCAGUUGUUUCCCCCUCAGGACACCUAGAAGCAGAGGGUAGUGAUAUUUCAUUAGACCUAAGAGGACCAAAGGUCAAAGGAAAAAAAGGCAAGUUGAAGUUUGGCACCUUCGGAGGUUUUGGUUCCAAGUCAAAGGGCUCAUAUGAAGUGACGUAUGGUGAAGGCAGUGAAGCAGGAGUUGAAGGUAGUGCAGGUGUGUCGUCAGCCACCCCAAAAUCAAGAUUGUCCUCAUCGUCCAGCAGUGAUAGUGGGUCAAGGGCUGCUUUAAAGUUCCCGAAAAUUGAACUGUCUGUAUCCCCCAAAAAUGAUUAAAUUGUUGAUGGCUUAAACUCAAGCACCUACAGUAAAAACUGUCUCUCCCUAUCCAGAUAUGGCAAAUACCAGACAUACAGUAUACUAUUGUCAAACCUCAGUUCGCAAAUGCAGAGAGAAAAUGUCAUCUCAUUUUUAAACAGUGAUCAACAGAAAGGCGAGGGACACUUUAAGGCCCCAUCAAACUGUAAAUAAAAUGUAUUGUAAUAAAUAUUGUUUUUCUGUACAUAGUCAAGAUUUAUUGAGAAUAUACCAUCUCACCAAAUUUUCCACUAACAAUGUAUUACUGGUAUUAUUUUGUCCUGCUUUAUUCAAUGUUGUUCAUGAAUGGGUGUGGUUUAAGUUUAUGCAGGGUCUGUUUCGCUGAACAGCCAAAGUAGUUAUUUUGAAGGAACACGUAGUUUAUACAGUUAAACACAAAUAUAAACAGUUUCCAGUUUUAGUUUGAAGCUUUGAUUUUUGUAUAAUCAGUCAUUUGUCAUCCUCGAAUGACUGUCCACAUUUGCUCUUCAUUUGUUAUUAUUUUUAUUCAGUUUUUUUGUACAGUUUGCCUGUUCAUCUUUUCCACCCUUCAUACAGCUUUAAAUUUUACAAAAAAUAAAUGCCAUUGUUAGUGUCAUUAGAAAUACUUCAUCCAGAGAUAUUUGAUCAGAUAUGUGCAGACAGAUAUGUGCAGUAUGAAUCAUUUGUGUUUUUCUUUUGUGUGCAUUCUGUCUGAUAAACUAAUUAAAAUGUAUAGAAUGUAUGAUAUUU